AUGGACUGGCCUCGACAUAUGGGAAUCUUGUUACAUAAUGGGACUUAUCAGUCAAGCAUAAUGAAACGCCAUGCAAAGAGGCCAGUCGUGCCUAGCUAUGGUGUAGCAACUGACAGCAACGACUGGGUCUAUCUAAAGAUAGACCAGGAGUUGAUAGAAUCUUCCAUCGAGACUCUGCUGAAUCUGAGCCCUGAGGUUGUCACUCGCCUCUGGGACCAUCAAAAACGGUUGAAUAACAGCGAAGUUCAGGUUGAUUAUACAAACGAGGAACUCGCAAUUAUUACCAUCACCAAUCUAGACUAUCCCCGCAUCCCGAGGAUAGUCCAGAGUUGCUCAUCAAGAUUCUGGCAAAGAACCGUCAUUUGA